UAACACUAGGGCGUUACACCAGAACGUAGCUCUCCUCUAUUUAAAGAGAAGGAAGAGAGCACCUCCAGAGGCUGUGGACCUUUGAGCCUGUGAAUUAUGGGGGCUUACAAGUAUGUUUCUGAAUUAUGGAGAAAGAAGCAGUCCGAUGUUAUGAGGUUUCUGCAGAGGGUCAGGUGCUGGGAGUAUCGCCAACACCCUUCAAUUGUUCGUGUUACGAGGCCCACACGACCUGACAAGGCUCGCCGUCUGGGGUAUAAAGCAAAGCAGGGGUAUGUUAUCUAUCGUGUUCGUGUUAGACGUGGUGGUCGGAAGAGGCCUGUUCCCAAGGGCAUUGUUUAUGGAAAGCCUACAAACCAGGGUGUCACCCAGCUGAAGUUCCAACGUAGCAAGAGGUCAGUUGCUGAAGAACGUGCUGGCCGGAAAUUAGGUGGUCUGAAAGUUCUCAACUCGUACUGGAUAAAUGAGGAUUCUACAUACAAAUACUAUGAGAUAAUCCUAGUUGAUGCUGCCCAUAAUGCAAUUCGAAAUGAUCCAAGGAUCAACUGGAUCUGCAAGCCUGUGCACAAACACAGGGAGCUUCGCGGUCUCACAUCCGCAGGAAAGAAAUACAGAGGACUCCGUGGAAAGGGUCACCGGCACCACAAAGCACGCCCUUCUCGCAGGGCCACUUGGAAAAGGAACAAUACGCUCUCCCUUCGUCGGUAUCGUUGAUUUCGGCAGUUCUUCAUUGGAUCUCUUGCUUGCGUUUUGUUUCCUCCGAACUUGUUAUCUUCAGUAUGAGCUCAGAAUGGUUUGUUUUCAUUAUGAACCUUGUUAUAGACUCUCUCUGGCAUCUAAACUGUGGAGCUUAUCACAUUGCUAGCCUCGAAAUUUUGUUAUUUUGAUUUCUUGAACUUGAUUAGUGCAUAUGCAUUUGUGGUUUUCUGGAUAUGGAAAUUUGUGUGUUUAUCUUG